AUGUUUCCCUGCGUGACGAGAAACAGUCGACUUUCUCCUGAGCCUGAUGGUCCGGACGGAGAACAAGUCAGCAACUACAGCUGCAGACUCCAUUCUCCUCCAGAGAAAGACUGCCACGUUCCGAGCAAUUCCAAAGGAGACCGCACCUCGGACACGUCUAGUUCUUCUUACCGUUCAGCACCGGGUUCAGAGGAAGUGGAGAGUUUCAAGGACUGUGUUGAAUUCUUUGAAGAAGCCGGAGAUUGUCUUGAGGAGUGCACUUGCUGCAACUCAGAACAUGAGGAAGGAAGCGUAGCAGCAACGCCGGUCCUUCCUGCAGCUCCGACAAGCCCUGCUGAUAGGAUUUCCAAGGUUACAGCCAGCCAACUCCAUGGGACUUUGAAUAGUUCCAGCGACGUCUUACGAGAUGGCCUGUGCGGCACAAAAGGGGAUACUUAUGCUGCUACAUCUGGAGGAUCUCGAUCCCGUUUUCCUUUACGCAGGAGCGAGACAUUUGGCGAGUCGUUGCCAGUCCAAGAGGCGAGAGCACCGAGCCUGCAGGCAGACCCCAAGGGUACUAUAAAAGAUCAAACCUGCAGAGACAAACUCUGUUCCAGUGGGAAGGAAAAGCAACAGGUUCAGAUGUCAAUCAAAGCCAAGAAUAGCUCAGACCCAGUGUGCAGUGGUAGAAUGGGGCUAGUCACACGGAGGCUGCAGCCAGGAGACAGCGGAUCAAAGUAUUUGGAUCAUCCUGCACAAUUCAGUUCCGACAAAUCCAAGGAAAUGUUACCCAGUGCACGCAAGCCGAAGAAAAGCAGCCUUGGCAGUCGAGUGCAUGGCCCUGUAAGUAGCAAACCAGCAUGCCCCAAAUAUUUUGUUGAAAAUCCAUGUGUUUUGAGUGACUCUGAUGAGGCUGAUAACGAAGUAGAGAAGCUUACUGCUCUGUCCUUCCAGAGUCUCUCAUGCCCACAAGGCAGCUACCUAGAUAUGUAUAGUUCCAGUAACAGGACAUCCUCCAGCCUGUCCAAUUCCUUGCCAGAAGAUAGUAAUGGAAUGAACAGGUGGCCAUUAUGCAGUGAUCAGAGGAAAACAGUGGUGGUCGGCCACGCUAAAGGAAGCCGGCUAUUCCCAACAGCCAGCAAAGCCCCAGAUGCAGGACUGCUCAGUGGCGUCUUGGGGAAGGAGCACCCUGAGUGCAUCGAUGUCGCCCUAGAAAAUGCUGAUGGCAAAAAGAACCUCUCUAAAAAGAGAAUGGUGCCCAAGCGUCAGAUCCAGUUAAGGCGGAAGGAGAAGAAGGAGGCAGGUUUUUGUGCUGCUGGGGACUGUGCUGCUCUCCAGCCAUUCACACAACCACGAAAAGAGUCGUGUGUGAAAGUGAGAAACAUCAGCGAUGAGUUUAGGCUGAACUAUAAGCAAUUUCUGAAAGCCGCCUCUUUGAACAACGCUUACAGCAAAACGAGGAUGGCUUCCAGCCUGGUGAAAAACGUUUUGGCUAAAAAAAUGCAGUAUGAACACAGGAUUAAAAUGGAACAAGCCUCUGUCCGGGGGAGCUCAACCUCUUCUGUCCCUUCAUCCAUAAGCACUGACCUCCCAGGGGACAGUUUAGAAGGCAAGUCAAGUUCUCUGUCUAAGUCGGACUGCAGUUUUUCAACGGAAGAUGUGCAGAGCCAUUCCACCAGUGAGAGGUCGGAGCCCAUCACAGUGAAUAAAGACGGCAUGGACGCCUUGAGGCCAACCAAAGGAGUUGUGCUCAACGAGCAACUACGGGAGAAUGUCUGCAAACUGAAAGAUACAUUUAACGAGCUGAAUGAGAGACUGAAGUAUCAAGAAGUCGCUCAGCUGAAAAGACUCCCCAUUUUGGCAGAUGGGGCUGUGAAUGUAAUAGAAUCAAGUAACAUCAGGAAGCAGGCCGCUGGGGUAAGGAAAGAAUACAGGAGAGCCCAAGCUGUGUUUGAGUCCAUGGAGGCUGAAACGGAAAGCUUGGCUGCAGUUCCGAAAUUUGCAAAGCCACAAAAGCCAUGGCCAAAUCUGAAACAGCGAGCCAUUCGUCAGAGCAGGCACACACAGGCAAAGGAAGAAAAAUUCCCCCUGAAACCGAAAAGCCUUGUGGUACCCAAAGAUACUCCCAGUAACAUCUUCACAUCCAAAACCAAAGAAAUGAAACUCAUCCCUCAGAUCAAGAAUGAGCAUAGUCUUCCAAAUGCCUCGAGGCACAAAUCUUUGGACAGAGUCUCCAAUGAGCGGAGGCUGCCUACAUUUCAGAGCAUGAAACUUUCAUCUGUGGCUUUUCCAGCUUGUGUCAAAUCACACAGUGGUGAAAACACCAAAACACCUCACACAGGGGAGACAAUGCAAACGGAAAGUAAAGAGAAGGCCAGAAUACAUCAGCCCAGAGGUGUAAGAAAAUUAGUGAAGGACACAUAUAAUCUUGGCUUUAAAUCUUCAGACAGCUCCAGUGUAGAUCAGGCAUCCUAUUCUGAAAGCAAAAGUGAGAACAGCUUAAUUGUGCUACCAAAGGAGCCCCCAGCUGUUUCGCCUCUGUUCAUACGCUGCACAUCAAUAUGUCGGAAAGAUGAUAUGCAAACAGCAAAUAAUGCACAAGAGAAUAAGCAAGACCAAAUUGGGGACAUUGAUGUGUCAACGCUUUCUCUACAUGAUCAGAGCACAAGAAGCAAGGAGUCCACUGAUAAUUCUAAUCCCACAGUACAGACACACGAAAAUGUACCUGUGUGUCAUCCAGAAAGCAAAUGUGAACCUGCAGUGCACAUUACUACAGUUCAGUCCAAGAAACUUGUUGAAAAUAAAGAAUUUCCGACGCAAGUUGAAAACAAACAAGUGCCUUAUGAGCGGAGUGAAUUAAAUGUCAGGCCUUCGUCUACAACUGCCAAGAAAGAAUCUCAGCUUAAUAUUAAAGUCAACAGUUCUCUCUCCAAACAGUCACACAAAACUGAAACCGACUAUUUUCCAGCUUCUAGUUGCUCCAGACUGGAUGAAAGGACCAUGAAAGAUUCAGUGCCACAGUCUAAGCAUAGUUUGUUGAGAGAAAACCAAGAUGCUGCUUCAUCUGAGUCUCUUAGGAUCCCAUCUUCUACCUAUGUACGGGAAAUCACAAGGAGAGAUAAUGGCUGUGGAACCACAGGCUAUAUUAAUGACCCUUGCAAAACCCAAGAAGCCGAGUUGCCCUAUCAGAAACAUUUAUCCAGUGAGUUCUUCUCAGUAGCUUCCAAUAACCUUCUGAAAGACGAAAAUAUUUUUCCAGAAUCUGGAUCGUCUCAUGGAAGCUGUAGGUACCCACAAGCCAUCAGGCCUCCAAUGACAAGCACCCAAAAUAUCCACACACAGACUCAAGAAAAUAGUAAUUUUGCAGAUGGUAGAUAUGACUCUACAGUACAGGAAGACACCAGACCCUUGGACAAGCAAAACAGAAUACAGUCUGAUUGUGUGAUUUCAAACAGUCCACUAGCACCAACAGAGUACACUGAAGGAAUCAAGGUGAUAUCAAACUCCUCUUUUACUCCAUCAACCUCUUAUGGAAAGCUCCCCGACCCUGGGUGUGACAACUUCAACAAACAUCAGGCAACAAAUGAACAGUAUUUUUCAGCUACCCAGGCUGACAACACAAAUUACUUAACGAUUCCUGUGAAAACCCAUCAAUCUGAAGCAACUGUUAAACACCCAGUGCCUUUGAGCACUGACAACAACUCUUUCACCUCCAACGUCUCCUUCCAGCCAAGUGGAGAAGCAUCGGGAAAUAAAAUAAGCCACGAACUUUUCCCACCAAAACAAAUGGAGAGGAAGGCACCCUCCGACAACGUGCUAUACAGUCACCCGAGCCAUGGGCAACUCCCCCUAAGACUUGAAGAGUCCCCUAGCUUCACAAGAAGAAAUGAAGGAAUUUCGCCAUCUGGUAAGAGUGCUCCAAGUCCAACGAGGCACUUUCAUCCUGCUCCUGCUGCUGCUGCAGGUCCUCCUCCUCCUCCUCCUCCUCCUCCUCCUCCUCCUCUACAGGGACACAGAAAAAUGUUGGUUGAUCCAGAGAGUGGAAAAUGCUACUAUGUGGAACCACCAAGGCAGCCUCAGUUAAAGAUGCUUUAUGACCCAGAAACAGGGCAGUACAUUGAGGUCCUGAUGCCCCCAGUCCCACUAUUGUCACACAGCGGGCUUUACCAGUCUCCUUUCUCACCAGUGGUCAUGAAUCCAGGAGGUUAUGGGCCACCUUACAUGUCGUACUCUGGGUUUCCUGGGUUCCCCCCUCCCCCUCCAGCUAUGCCCCCCACCAACCUGGAUCUUCAAGACCAACAACCCGCUCAAGAAAAUGCAAACAUCAACGAAAAUUACAGCCAUUUUUCGAAGAGCGACGUUCCUCCAGCUACGCAAACUGCCGAUGGCAACUACAUGGAGAGUUUGUACUAUAUCCCCACUGGAAUGAAUUCAAGUCCUAAUCCCAAUCAAACUUUAUUUCCCUCACCUUCAAGUUCUGGUCCUUCUGGAACUGAAAAGGGGUCCUUCCUUAGGAUGUGA